GUUCAUGUUAAAAACAAAAAUCAACUCUCUGUAUAAAUAUAUCAGGUGACCGUUAAGGCCCAUGGGCCUCUUGUUCUGCGUAUAGUCGAUACAGCCGUACUCAAUGUCUUUGUGUAUGUAACAGAAUCGUAUUGAAGAAGCAACACGCUGAAACACUUGAGUCAUCCAUGUCCUUGGAACUCUAUUUAAGCAUUGGUGUACAAUGACUCCGUCUGCAUCCAUUCCUACAGCUAUUGACCAAUCUAUGUUCAGAAUGGAGGAGUCGCAAGCAUUGUCCAUCACCAUUGAGUAGAUGCUGAUAUGCUUAUGUCAUUCACACACACACCGGUAUAACACCUGUAGACGUGUGCCCGGCACUAUGUCGAGUAUUUUAUCUACUACCCAACCUUCACCAACUACAGCAAUAUUGUCAUUGACCGGUCACUGCAAAAUACACCUUGAUGUAUACAAUGAUGGUUUCCAUAAUAAUAAAAUUGGUUGUGUUGUCAUGUUUUCUAGUUUUGGUUUCUGCAAGGACGCGGUCUCCCCUAGUAACACACACUGACAUUAUUUUUAUUUGGUGUUAAAUCCACCCUGUUACAAUUUAUCGUCGCACAGAGGUUCUGUGUAAUAGGGGAUACUCAGAUAACUGUUGUCCGGGCUGGACUUUGUAUCUGCUGCUGUAUCUACCCCUGUCUUUUCAGGUAUGUCACAUUAUGUUACUGUUUUCGUCACCUGCCCACUUCCCCCAAUCAAUUUAGGAGAAGAUGGAAGCAGUACAAAAUGGAAUCAGCCAGUCUGCUAGAGAACAAUGGUCUGCAAUAGAAGGAAGUACAGUGGCGCGAUGCUUGUCUCUUUCCGCUCUGCCUUUGUUCGAGUCGAAGACUGUUGCUAUGACAACCACCAAGGCACCACAUCAUAAUCAUAACCACACACAUCACCAUGGAACCCAUCCGCCACCUAUUGGAGAGGGAUUUGUCUUCAAGUACGACCAACACUCGCAUCGUAUGGCUGUGAUCAGUAAUCACCAAUGCUGGAUCUACAAUCCAAGUGAUGACGAGAAGAACUCAAUAUCUGAUGUUCACGCUCUAAGGAACCUUGAGGUAAAACUCAUCCAACUGAUUGACAGCAACCCCACAGGCACGACUCUGUCACAUGACGAUCUCGCCCUUAUGAGUGCUCCCCUUGCACACACCUGCAAAUCUGGUUGGCCGAUCAUGAAUCUUAAUUAAUUGUAGCAAGAAUUUAGCAACACCAAAAUAAACUAUUAUCUUAAAA